GUGGGGCAUGGGCAGGGGGUGCUGUCUGGAGAGACCUUUGAGCGGAGCGCUGUCCCAGGGGGCAGAGGGGCAGGGACAGCAGCUGGCUGAACAGAAGAGGGCACUAGAAGAAGAAGUGGAGGAGAUGAGAACACAGCUGGAGACCACCGGCUGCUCCUCCCUAGCCCAGAUGAGGACAACACUGCAGAGGCUACAACAAGAGAAUGCAGCCCUGAAAGAGACCCAAGGGGGAUUAGAGGGUCUAGGAACUCUGGAGGAUCCAACAGACAUGUGCCAAGGAUGGGGACAGGAGGAGAUGGAGGAAGAGGAGCAGGAGGAAGAGGAGGAGGAGGAAGAGGAGGAUGCACAAUCAGCAGUUGUACCCACCCAGGGCAACCAUGGCCCCCCAGCAGUGAGGAUGAGAGAGGGGAGGGGGAACAGACAGUAUACCAGACCUCACUCCCUAGACCUGGGGACCCUCCUCUCCCAUCACCAGCCAGACCAAACAGAGAAGGAGGCUGAAUCUGAUGAUKUCACCGGCGAUGUGGGCGGGUUCUGGCAGCAUAUGGAUGCGGGUCUCCGUGAGCAGGCGGCGCAUCUGCGUUCUGAUUUGGCGCUGAGCAGACAGGAGAGCAGAGAGCUGCAGGAGAGACUCAUGGUGUCUGAGGCCACAGUACAUGCACAGGCUGAACAACUCAAAGACUACAGGGAACUACUCACAGAGACAUCAGUUGAGCAGGACAGUAAGCAGGUCCAGGUGGACCUGCAGGACCUGGGCUAUGAGACCUGUGGCCGUAGUGAGAACGAGGCAGAGAGAGAGGAUGCCAGCAGCCCAGAGUUUGAUGAUCUGGAGAUGUGUACGUCACUGAGCCACCGGCAGGACUACGAGAGCGCCGGAGUUUGGUUCCAUGGCGAUGGGAGUGUGGGCGGAGCUUUUGAUGAAGGCGAGGAGCCAGGGGCAGGAUCCUUACAGCAAUUGGUCCUGGACCUGCGUUCUCAGCUGACCCGCUGCCACAAGGUGAUUCGUGGGUUGCAGCUACAUGUGCGUUCACUAUCCACCACCAGUGACUACGCAUCCAGUCUGGAACGCACCCCRCGCAAGGUGAACUGGGCGUUCGAGGCCUCCCCGGCCCUCAGCGGUGUAGAAGAUGAUGAGGGCUGGAUGUCCGACAGCCUGGGGCCUCGCAUGGAACCCAAGCCCAGCCGAGAGCUGCGAGAGCUGGUGUCCCGAGUGGCCUCACUGGAGGCCCAACUCAAGAGCUCCAAGCUGGAGGGGAAAGGAGGGGUGGURGAGGAGGGGAAGUGUGCUACCUGGCCCGGGAAGUACAACACCCUGAUCCAGGCUCAGGCCAGGGAGCUGUCCCACCUGCGUCAGAGGAUGAGGGAGGGCCGUGGUGUCUGUCACAUACUCACACAACACCUGGGAGACACCACCAAGGGCUUUGAGGAGCUGCUGCGUGCCAACGACAUCGACUACUACAUGGGGCAGAGCUUCAGAGAGCAGCUGGCACAGAGCACUGCCCUGGCACAACGAAUGGGCACCAAGAUCAGUGGACGUGACCGUGCUGAGCUCCAUGAUGAUAAGAUGGGCCAUGAGCUGCUUGCUUUGCGGCUAAGUAAGGAGCUCCAGCAGAAGGAUAAGAUAAUCGAGUCGCUCCACACCAAACUCCAGCAGCGUCCUGACACCCCCUCCAGCAGCCAUGCCCUCUCAGAGACCACCGACCAAUCAGACAGAACCUCCUUUGUGUCAGACGAGUGCCGGACCAAUGAGGACCUGGAGCUGUGCUCAGAUGUGGAUGCUGGCAGCGAAUACGCUCAAGAAGUGAAGGGACAGGGGGCGGGACAUGGCCCAGGAAGCACAGACGUCCACCCCUCCCUCCCUCCAUCCUCUCUUAAGUCCUCCAGCAGCUGUCCCAACAUGCUAUACACCACUCCCGUGGAGUCAGCCAGUCAGACUGGUCCUGUGUCCUGCUCCCUACCCACCUCCCAGUCCCUCCCCAGGCUUUACCCUAGACAUGACCUCUGGGGUCAACGUAUGACCUUUGACCCCGCGACCAGGACCUUCCCUAUGGAAGCGGUGCAACAGCAGCUGGAUACCCUGCACAGACAGAUGACUAUGAAUGAGAGCUUUGUGGUUCCUCACGCCAAGGCCCGGUCGACCGCCCCACCAACCUCCCAUCACCAGCCUGACCAUUCCCCUUACAGACAGAUUACCCACCAUGCCUUUUACCCACACCAGCUAGGCGGCCGACCCGCAGGCCCCGCCCUGAAGGCAGACGCAGAUCUGGUGGAGAAUGGUGCAUUGUGGGAUAUGGAGAACAUGGUUCAGCCAAUCAGGGUUGGGUCAUCAGGAUACUAUUCAGGAAACAGCUUUACUGGUGUGGACGUGAUCAAGGAGCACCUGAGGGAGGUGCAGUGUCUGCGUCAGCACCUGGAGGAGUCCAUCAGGACCAAUGAGAGGCUCAGACAGCAGCUGGAGGAACGCCUUUCCACCACCGGCCGUGACGGCGCAGCGCCGACCAACAUCUACAUCCAGAGCCUGGACUCUGUCUGCCAGCUGUCCAAUGAGAUCAGAGUCCUGAAAGAGGAGAACCUGGCUCUCCAGGCACGCCUGCAGGCCAGCUCAGACACGUGUAAGAGGCGGAGCAGCUGCUGAGGUGGCGGUGACAGGGCGUGCCCGUCUGAAGCAGGCAGAGCUGGAGGCGGAACAGUGGAAGGAGGAGCUACGCCGGCUGCAGACACACAGCCAGGAGCAGGGACAGCAGAUACACACACUCAGACAGGAGAGGCAGAAAAGCCAUGACCAGAACAAUAGGCUGCAGCAUGAGGUGUCCCUGCUGCAGCAGCAGUUGUGUGAGAGCAGGGAGCUGCUCCAUUCUCUGCAGAGUGAGCUGCAGGUCUACCACAGAGUGUGUUCCAACACCAAGGGCAACCCAGAGUUUCUGUGUGAGGGCCAGUACGGUAGGGUCCCUGCCCUGCCCCUGCCCGGGGAGCUGGGGGAGCUGCUAGGGGAGGUGAGGAGCCUCAGAGCCCAGCUCCAGAGCAGUGUCCAGGAGAACAGUGUCCUGAAACAGCUGGAGCUCCACAAACAUCUGGAGCAGAAGCUGGGUGGGGGCGUCCACGGAGGGCUGGGGAGCAUUGGGGGG